UCGGUGAGAGGCCACCUGGUACAGUAAUCUGCAAGGAUACAGAGAGAUGCCUUCUCCUCAACUUAUUGCCUUUCUGGCGUCUCUAGCUGUCCUGGCUAUCGGUGGGCUCAUCUCCAAUGGCUUUAUUGUUGCAGUGAUAGUCACUGAGUGGGCUAAAAGCAGGAAACUUGAUGCUAGAGAACAACUUCUUCUGUCUCUAGGUAUGUCCAAUAUCGGCUUCUCAGGUGUUCUGUCUCCAUAUUUAAUUAAGUACUACUUAAUCUCUGACUUUAGCAGCCCCUUAAUAUUACAAAUAUGCUACUUCAUUGGAACCUUUCUCACAUUCUCCCGAUUCUGGCUUACUGCCUGGCUCUGCCUCUUCUAUUAUCUCAAGAUCAUUAACAACAACUGCUCCCUUUUUCUUUGGUGCAAGCUGAGGAUAUCACGGAUAACACCUUGGCUUCUUGGGGGAUCUCAAGCCAUCUCCUUGCUUGUUUCCUUCUUUGCACUGCAGAGUGCGUAUAUUAAACCCCAGGGAAGCAUUACAAACAUGACGCAAGACCAGACAGAGGUUGAUUUUGCUACUAAUUUCAAAAUCUUCUUUUUGAUUACUGGUGCUGGCUGCCCGUUCCUGAUAGUUUUUCCUUGCUCAAUCAUGGUUGUAGCCUCACUCUACAGACACGUCUACAAACUGACUGGGAAAGAAUCCAAUAUUAGGAGCCUUCAAACAGAUGCUCACACGAAGGCAGCUGGGACAGUCCUCCUCCUGCUGGUGCUUUCCAUUUCUUUUUACGUGGCAAAGAUCUUAUUUAUAACUGGCUGUAUUAACAAAGAUAUAGUUGCCAUUUCAGUGUGUAUAACAAUGAUACUAAUGUACUCCCCUGUGCAGGCUGCCCUCCUGGUGUUGGUGAAUCCCAAGCUGAAGCAGGCAGCUGCCAGGAUGCUUCCAAGAAGAAAGCCUUAACCAUUCUUAGGUGUUGCCUUUUGUGAAGAGCUAGCUCAGGGGGCCCAAGCCUGGCCAGGAGUA